AUGUGCAUAUUUAGCUAUUUGUUUGGUUGGAAAUCGGCAAGAGUAGAAACUGAAGCAGAUGAUCUAGUGGAGAUUUUCCCUGCUCCAACACAACCAGAAGUAGUGUAUGGGACCAGACCAAAUGUAUCGCAAAGCUCAAGAGCAGCCGAAAAUUUCCGGGAUCAACUUAGACAAAGGACAGCGGCACUGAGACAAACGCCACAGCACAGUGAUAUUCGUGAAAAAUCUGAAGCUAAAAAACCAAAACCCAAUCCACUGCCUGAAUAUGAUACUGAAAAAGAUCAAUAUGAGAUUGAAGAGAAUGAAAGAGAGAUGGAAUUCGAGCGUCAAUUAAAUUUGACAAAGAGUGAAAAUGAAGAAAAAGAGAGGAAACUGCGAGAAGAGAAGGCUAAAAAUGAUGAACACUCAAAUUUGAAAUAUCAACAAGAAUUGGAAAAUCAGACCAGAGACCAUGAGGAGAACUUUAAAAUGGCUCAAGAAGAGAUUAAAAACUUUGAGAAAGAAACAAGGAGACUUCUAGAACAACGUAUAAAUGAAUGGAAAGCCAAUCAAAUUGCUCUCUACAACUACAUUCUACUCCAGCAACAGUUUAAAGAACAAGAGAAAUCCUGGGCUGAGUGGCUGGAGUCUUUGAAAAUUUCGAUUUCCAAUGUAAUAAUCCGAUUCCGAUUGUUUGAAAAAGUUACUGAAAGUAUCAACAAAAGUGGAGCCAGCUAUGAGAAAAUAUUAAUGAGUGAGCUCACAUCUCUGCACAAAUCAGUUCUACCAGCUCACGAAAUGGUUUGCGAAGCUUGGUGUUCUGUCAGUGAGUUGGCUGAGAAAGUGACGGACAAAAUGUUUCUGUUGAUACUACAAAAGCGAUUUGUGGACAUUUCCAACAAGCUGUAUAACGUUUUAGAAGUUAUUGACAGUGGAAUGAUCCGGAAAGAACCUAUUGACCAAAUUUAUCAAUCUUUUCGAGAGCUAAGCACGCACGACAUUCCGACAACUGUGCAACUCAGGGAUCUGUCGAAAAAUGCAAAACUGGAGGAUUAUAAAAAGAAACCUGAAAAAUUGAUGGAUGCUUCGGAAGCUCUUCAGAAGUUUAGUGAUUGCCUUCAAUCACUUACAAUAAUUAAUGACAAGGAAGUUUCCUCGGAGUUAAUGACUGAUCUAGAAGUUAUGGUCGAGAAAAGCGAAGACUUGCGAUCCACAAUCACGGAUAUCAUAAUGGAAAUCGAAAUUUCUCUGGAAAAAGGAGAGCUGACAAAGUUGGAUGGAAUAAAAGAACACUACGAGACUGCAAAAGUUAAUAUAGAAGAGUUGAAUACACUGGUUCCGAUGUUUGACAUCCCUGCCACGAAGCGUCUCGAUCGAGUAAUUUGCCAUCAAUUAGAAAUAUUGUCGUCUGCAAUGCCACAAAUCACUACAGAAAACGCUCAGAAAGCUCUAAAAAACAAACAAAUAACAGAGGUUCUUGAAACCGAAGUUGAAGAUCGUAAUAGUCAACUGAACGACAAACAACUCCAAGAACAAACUGAGAUAGUGAGAGAAGAAGAGCAAAUGAACAUGCUCUCAGAUCUAAUGGGCACUAUCACUAAUUUUAGUGGACUUUUGGAGAGAGAUCAAAGUGAUGAAAGUGUUCAAAAUCUUGUAGAGAGUAUGAGGGACAUGUUUUCCGAUCUGAGUGGAUUAUUGGGAGAAGGAGAGGAGGAUGAUGACGAGAUGAAAAAAAUCCGUUACUUGCUAACAGCAAUUAUGGAGUUGACCAAGGGAACGGAAUAA